UGCGCCGUGAAAAACACUUACAAUUACCCGUUGAAUAUUCAACAGGACAAAAUGUAAUUACCAUAAAAUGCGCGUCCCGUUUAGUCGAGGGCGAGCCAUACGGAAAGAUCGAUACGGGCUCUCUAACAUGAAGGUAGAAACGACAAAAUAAUAAAAAAAAACACAGCGUACAUUCGAGCCUGCUAGACAUUGAAACGUGGAAAGCGAUCGGCAUCCUUCCAAGAAAUGUAAAUUUCGUUUGCACUGAGGGAGAUUUACUGCGCGCCACGUACUCGAAAACGUGAGAGAGGCGCCGUAAGUGCAUGUCACCCUAAUUUUCGUCUCCUAGGCGUCCAUUUAGUCUCGCAACAUGAGACCUGCACAUAUACCGGAUGUGCGCAAUCAAUAUGCUUGAAUUUAAUUUCGUUUCAGAUGAUUACCUUCCGUCGUUCCAGGUUUGAUAUCAAUCGAAAUCUUAUAAUAAUGAAAUUAUGUGAUAGGAUGAGGAGGCGGGCUUGGGCGAAGGUCGUAGGUUGCGCAUUGGGAUGUUUCUGGGGACGUAGCACGGCACGAUUGUAUGGUUACACCCGAGCGGGAGCGGCGGGACACAUUACUCGGGGGCGGUCGCGCGUCGCUCCGUCAGUCCACUGGAAGGCAACGCACGAGCAACAUGUCGCGGCACAUUCACGUCGGGAAAUCGUUCACGAUUUUCCUGUCGCUCAUCCUGGCGACCCUUGCACUCCCAACGUCAGUUCUUCAAGAUCUCAUGGCGAAUGAUGUCACCAAUAAAAAAGUGAAGCGCGCUCAAACCAUGCCCGCUGUCGAGAAACCUUUGGAAUCUCAGAAGGAGUAUUUUUAUCCCACAGCGAUCAAACGUGGCGGCGGCGGCUUGAAGACGAACCAGCUCCCGCUGCUUACCGAAUGGGAUCAACAGCGUUAUAGGGAGCAGGCGGCCGCUGAGGACCUGCCAGUAUCGCUGUACUCCCCGUUGGAUGAGCUGGACGACAAAUCGGUCUCCGACUACGAGAAGGGAUAUCGUUAUGCGACCAACCGAGAUAAGUUGGACGAGGCGCUCGAGAACGCCAUCCUCAAGUCUGAACUGUACGGAGAACCAACAGCGCUCAAUCAAUAUCGAUACUACGAGGACGACGAUCGUAAACGGAAGCGGCGAAACGCCAGUACGACGGCGAAGAAGGCGGCAGCGCGCACGCAACAAGCCCGAAGAAUAACGAAUCGAUUGAAGCGUGAAACUGAUCUUUCGCCUGAGGACAUCCUUGCAAUUCUUACACUUUGGGAGAAUGAACGUCUGAGCGGUCUCAACACCCAGAACCGUCGUCCCUGGCAACCAAACUACGAAAGUGACUACUCCGACUUCUCGCAGGACUCUGAUGAGGAUUGGCUGGACGCCCCCGUUUACCCGCAUGCUUCUGAUGAACACAUGACUCCUCCAUCGCCGAAUUAUUACUAUGACGUCGCUCCACAGUACGCCGAGAAGCGUGGCCGCUGGGGAGGAUUCACUGAGAAUCGAAGGAAGCGGUUCAUGGUCGCCAAGAAACGCGCUGAUCCCACUCGCGAAUUGCGCUAUUUGAACGGGCCAUCCCGAAAUGACUACUACGCGCUCAGCGAGUUUCUUGCGAAUCAACGCGACGCUGCGGACGGUCCUCUCUAUCAGCGCUAUUAAUUCUGAACUGGGGCUGGUAACUUGAUGCACUAUCUGAAAUAAAGCUUCAAGCUGAACGCAUCAGGCAUACCCCUAACUAAUAGAUGUGUACAAUAUAUCGAUGUAAAGUCAGAUUUCUCUACCUUUGCAACUGGGUCGUGGUAUAGAUGUUACUUCAUACGUACGAUCCCCAUUGGCCUUAUAUUUUCGGAAGAAAUAUUCUCCAGGUUAUCAUAGAAAUAUUUUGAUGUAGAAUAUCACCAAUAUCCAGAGGAAAUAUCAAACAUCCACUUGCAAAGUUAGAUAAUCCUUUGACAUAGUAAGUAUAUUUUUGAAUCGAUUUAAUGACGUGUACUAACAUCAACGCAACUUAUAUAUCUCUAUCAAUCAGUCAGUAUAAUAAUGUUAUAAACAUAAAGAUAUAAAAAUAUGGAUGUUAUUUAAUGUUGAAUACUGUAAUCUACAAGGUAAUUAUAAUUAUUAAUCUAA